AUGGCUCGACUACGGAGAAGAUCUUGCGUGCUUCUUUUUCUCUUCGCGCUCCUCGUGCUCGGGACUCUGAUGGGAUUAAGGACUCUGAAGCCGAGUGAUGGAUUCUCAGAUCGGGACCUUUUGCCCAUCAAGGGGGAGAAAGUUGACAGGCGCUCCGUUUUUAGCGACGUCCCGUCAUCGGCCGCUCAGGAACGCGUUGUAGCAAGUAAUGCAAAAGCAGCCGGCUCAAACCCGAGUCUGGACAGAGGCGUAUCCCACGACAUCCAUAUAUUUUACUACACCUGGUACGGGAACCCGCAGACGGAUGAGAGAUACUUGCAUUGGGACCACAUCCUGGUGCCACACUGGGACCCAAAAAUCGCAGCCAGUUAUCCCAAAGGAAGGCAUGUGCCCCCUGAGGACAUCGGCUCGAGUUUUUAUCCUGAACUGGGGCCGUACAGCUCCAGGGAUCCGGAAGUGCUGGAGUCUCACAUGGAGCAAAUUAGCACGGCAGGGGCAGGUGUGGUGGUGCUGUCCUGGUAUCCUCUGGGUUUGGCUGAUGAUCAUGGAGAGCCUUCUGAAGAUUUGGUUCCAUCAAUCCUGGAUGCUGCACUCAGGCACAAUUUAAAGGUGGCAUUUCAUAUCCAGGCAUAUAAAGGAAGGACUGAUCAUAGCUUACAUAACAACAUCAAAUACAUCAUCGACAGGUAUGGAGAUCAUGCGGCUUUUUACCGCUUCACCAUCAGCAAUGGAAAAGUGCUGCCUCUUUUCUAUAUCUACGACUCUUACCUGACUCCUACUGAGGCUUGGGCAGAGUUGCUAACCUCUACAGGCUCUCAUAGUCUGCGUGGAAGCCCAUAUGAUGGUGUUUUCAUUGCACUCAUUGUGGAUGAGAAACACAAGCAUGACAUCCUUGCUGGAGGAUUUGAUGGGAUGUAUACAUAUUUUGCUUCCAACGGAUUCUCCUAUGGCUCCUCUCAUCAAAACUGGAAGGGCCUCAAGGCCUUUUGUGAUGGCAACAACCUGCUCUUUGUGCCGAGUGUGGGCCCUGGCUAUAUUGACACCAGUAUACGGCCCUGGAACAACCACAACACUCGCAACAGAGUGAACGGCAGAUACUACGAAACUGUUCUGCAAGCAGCACUGAACGUGCAGCCUGAGAUCGUCUCCAUCACUUCCUUCAAUGAGUGGCAUGAGGGCACACAGAUUGAGAGGGCAGUACCUAAAAAGACAAUCAGGCGGGUAUAUCUGGACUACCAGCCACACGAGCCCGAUCUCUAUCUAGAACUAACCAGGACAUGGGUUGAGCAGUUUUGUAAAGAGAAAAAGCGAUGGCUUGUUUGACAUGGAGUUAAUUGGAAUAGUUUGGAACAGACCUGUUUGCUUUGGUGUAUUGCAGGAUGCUGUAUAUAGGCAUGAUAAAUGGGAGACUUCAAAAAUUUGUACCAGUCUCACAAGCUCAAUUUGCAUCUAGAACAGACGAAGAGAAGCCCUUCGUCUGCUAAUCUUCAUUAACUACAAUGCAGAAUGUCAAAGGAACAUAGUGACCCUUACAAUAAAGAGUGUGGCAAGAAGUGACAUCUCCAUGUUGCAACACAUAUUUAAAAGAAAUGGUCUUUUCAGAGAAUGUUCCAUACAUCAACAAUAUAUGUUCUGAACUUAACCAAGAUAAAAUUAUCUCUGCAGUAAUGCCCCUUCAUAAUUUGAAUGAAUAAAUGAACGAAUUAAUAAAUAAAUAAAUUGAUCUGCA